GUUUCAUACUUCCUUUUCAUUUUGAUUAAAUGCAAAAUUCAUAAAAGCUAAAGCCAUAUGUUAACAUGGUAUUACAAGAAAAUCUACAAUCAUCGAGAAGGAACCGAUACAUGUUGAGCUUUUGAAGCUUCUUCAUAGCCCAAUACCGCUAAAUUCGGAAAUUUAUAGAAUGUAACAAGAAUGUCAAUGAAGAUUAAAUGACCAAAGAUUGAAAUGAUUAGUGUCAACGAAAAAACUUGAAUCUAGUUCGUAAGCUUUUUUCCUUACAUUUGUAAAUAGGAACUGUUUGUUUUUAAAAGAAUUAAACAUUGGCAAAGUUUGCAUGUUUGAAGUGAGAAAGUCGCAGAAAGCAUUAAGAAUAACAAUUCUUCAUACUCCAACUAAAUUUAUGGUUGCCUUAUUUACAUCCGUUUUGAUCUUUAAUAUUUCUGCAAUUCUCCAUUGAGUUGCUCGGUACUUGUACAAAUAUUCCGGGAUUCACUAUAAAAGCAGUCAUUCGGUAGCUGUCAGUACGAUCUAUUUACGGUUGUUGUAACAUUGUUCAUUAUCUCAGGUAUGAUGAAAUCUUCCCUAAUUGCCUUCCUGCUUAUGUCAAUGACAUUUGCGCAAGAUUUACGAGAAUGGCAAUCGCAUUUAGCCGGUUUAAAAGGAUUGGAAGUGCUGUCACCAUUUUUGGGAUCUAUCCCACAAAACAAACCAACCUCAGUCAGCAAUUUGGAGAUAUUAAAUUUCUUAAAUAAUGGACUGGUAGCAACAAAUCCUGGUCUGGAUCUUCUCAAUCAUGGACUUGGCUUUGGGAUGGCAGCUUUACGAGGACUUGGAAUUAUAAUGGAGAACAAUCGGCAAAAUCAUGACGUGGCACAGCAAUGAAAGACUCAUUUCAGAAAAUGGUAUGGUGUAUCAUUUGUACAAGAAUGCAGAAGAUGUACAGAACUGCAGAUUAUUUAAAGUCAAAACAUUAAUUUUCGCAUGCCAACAAAAAUACUUCGGUUAUUAAUGCUUUUAAGUAAAAAAUUUUUGACGUUUUUUCUGUCAAAACGUUAAGCUAAUGUCAGUGGUAUUUGCAUAUCUCUCAGGAAACAGAUUCAAUUCUGAAGUAUAAUGGUACUGUCGUGAAAAUGAAAUUGUUAAUGUAAAAAAACUGAAGAAG